UCUCACCAUAGACAACAUGUUUUGACAAAGUCUCAGUCGAGAUAAAAAUGACGAGCCGUACGAUUUACUAAAAUUUUACAAAAUAAUAGUGUUUUAUCAGUAUGACUGUGUGGCGAAUUAUCGAAGAUGAAAACUGCUAUGCCGUCGCCAUAUACAAUUACAACGGGCCGUCCCCCCACCUCCCCCUGGAAGUUGGUGAGCUGGUCCACUGCGAGAGAGAGACAGAGCACUGGUAUUGGGGUCGCAGUCUACGGAGAGACGGUGUGGGCGCUUUCCCGAAGAACUAUGUGCAGUUGAGAGAGUGUGAAGUCGAGAGAGUCGGCGAUACAGUGGUUGCCUCCGCAGGGGGUUCAGGCGUGGUUCACGACAUUGCCCUCACAUUGAGAGAUUGGCUGCAGCAUUGGAAGAAACUUUACACCACAUGCGAUGACCGCUUCAAGUUCAUGGAAGUGAGCAUGCGCGCGCUGCUCGAGCUGCGAGCGCAGGCCGCGUCGGGCGCCCUUCCUCUGGACCAGCUGCGGCGCGUCGCCAGGACCGCCAUCUUCACUAUAGACAAGGGCAAUAGAGCACUGGAUAUGGAGCUGGCGGUGAGAAACGCCAACGGGCAACUAGUCAACCCUCUACAUAUGUCCACAUACAAACUAAACGCGUUACACGACGAAACUAACGCCAAGAUUGACAAAAAUAUGGAAACCACACCAGCGACACCAACCCCCACCACCCACCCUUCAGCACGCUCCUACACCGUAGCUGUCAAAGUACACAACUUCGUCUGUCGCAUGACAGAUUCAGCAGAACUACUACUAUCUCUACAUGAUUCUAGUGGAAACAAGCUGACUGAACAUUUGAUGAUGAGAUGGCCUAGUCCGAACAUGUCUACUGGACAAGUCGUUUUCACCGACCUCGGCAGUGAGAUAAAGCGAGAGAAAACAUUUCUAGUCUGUCACGUGGUUCGGAUAGGUUCCAUGGCUUCAGAAAACGUGGACUACAGACGAUCUAUGGCCGGUGUGCCCCCCCCUCCCAGUUCGGGGGGUGGUCUGCGGCGACCGUUCGGUGUGGCCGCCGCCGACGUCACGAGGCUGCUGGCCGACCACUCGCAUUCCCCCGACCGACACAUACAGGCACCUUUUUACGCAUGUGAGAAAGAAACGAUGGACACGUUACUCAAGAAAGUGAUAACGAACCGUGAGCUAAAGGAAACGAAACACCAACAGGGGCUUUGGGUUUCCAUACAACUCGUCGAUGGGGAUUUAAAACAGGUCCGGGAAGAGAACCCGCACAUCCUGGUCAGCAACACCGCCAUCGCCCGCAAGAUGGGCUUCCCCGAAGUCAUUCGGCCCGGGGACACCCGCAACGACCUCUACGUUACGUUAUGCAGUGGAAGUUUCUCAAGAGGGGGCGUCAAGAAUUCUGAGAGAAAUAUAGAGCUUUGUGCGAGGAUUGUGGACAAGAACGGGCAGAUUGUACCUGGAGUAAUAUCAGUAGGUGCUGGCGUCCCAAAAGUAAACGAGUACACGUCGGUAGUCUACUACCACGAAGAUAGACCACGAUGGCAGGAAACGUUCAAGGUCUGUCUCGGCAUAGAAGAGUUUAAAGAAGCCCAUCUAGUAUUCCUCUGCCGGCAUCGCAGCUCCAACGAAGCGAAGGACCGAGCGGAGAAACAUUUCGCGUUGUCGUUCUUGAAGCUCAUGCAGCGAGAGGGAACCACGACGCCGGACAAACAUCAUACGCUUUGUGUUUAUAAGAUCGACAGCAAGAAAGCGAGCACAGAAGACAUAGAAUCCGAAGCGGCCGCCGCGUGCCUCGCGCUCCCCUCCCGCCGCGACGAGCUGCCCGCGCAGGCCGAGCGCGGUCUGGUCAGAGGGCCGCUGUGUCUCGUGCACAGAGACUCGCUCGUUGUACACUCCAAGCUGUGCUCUACUAAACUGACGCAACGAGAGGAGAUCCUAGGCGUGCUAAAGUGGAGUACACACCACGCGGAAGGCACGCUCCGACAAGCGCUGACAAGACUCAUGCACGUGCCGAGCGAGGAAUUAGUCAAGUUCCUGCAGGAUAUACUGGAUGCGUUGUUUAGUAUAUUGACACAGGUCCCAGAAGAGCAAGAAAGCUACACAGAAAACAGCUACGGCGUGUUAGUGUUAGAAAGUCUGAUGCGGGUUGUAUCUUUAGUGGCUGACCACAAAUACCAACACUUUCAGCCCGUCCUGUACGCGUAUAUUGAUGAUAGCUUCUGUGACGCAUUGGCUUAUGAAAAACUGAUUUCCGUAAUAGUCUGGGUGAUCACCUCAGCAGAGCAAGGAGAGCUAGCGUUAAAGAGGCUGCUUCAAUGUAUGAAAUGCCUAGAAUGUUUGAUUCGCUUCAUCGUUCGGAGUCGACAGUUAAGGAGCGCGCUCGGCGAUCCACAAGCUCACGAGGACUUCAGGUUUCAAUUUGAGAGUCUGAUGGAGGCGCUAGUAUGGCUGAUGCGGUGUGGGGACUACGCCCUAACAUGUCAAGGUUCCGCGCUUAAGUACCUACCGCACGCCGUGCCACAUGCCAUUAAAGUGUUCCCGCAGACUGAGCUCAGUGCGCUCGUAGUCCGUGCGCUGGACGCGCUUCCCCUCUCGCGACUGGGCAAGCAGCGCGUGCUGGCGCUGCUGGAGCUGCUGCGCGGCGCGCUGGCCCGCGCGCCCGCCGCGCGCGCGCUGCUCGCGCCGCACGUCGCCGGCACCGUCAGACAUCUGCUCAUGGAGAAGGCGGAGUUGGACCGCGAGGCGGCGCACAAGUCUCGCUCCGUGGACAAGGCGGCCCGGCUGCUCGGCGCGGACUCGUCGCGGCUACACGACCCUACGCAGCAUCAGCAAAUCGUGGAGCUAUGCGUGGAAACAAUAGGCGAGCUAGUCACAUUGCUAGCCAGAGACGACGUAGGCCCCGUAGAGGCCGACAGAGGGGAGCUGGCGAAACUCCUGUUGCCCACCGUACUCCGAGUAGCCGCUAACAUGAUGAGGGAUGACAGGAAUAACGAUGAUCCUUUGUUGCGUCGCAUCGUCAGCAUCCUGCUAGACAUAGUGCGUCAAAUGUCGGAAGAACAAUACGCGCUAGUCGUGAAAGCAUUGGAGCAAGAAACCGGUGGCUCCGCUAGUUUAGUGGUGGACGCGCUAGCGUUGCUGCAAGCGCUGCUGCAGCGGCCGGUGUUCCGCGCGCAUUGGGCGGACAUGCUGCAUGUGCAGCAUUACGUCAUGCUGCAUGCUCUAAGGCUUAUCUCUAUAACGCUCUGCAGCCGCCUCCAAUCCAUCGACGAAACCGAUACAGAAGGCAUCGCUGCCAUCCAUUCAAUGUGCCGCUCGUGGUUCAACACUUGCGCGUCUUUGGCCUCAUCACAACCACUGCAGUUAGAAACAAUGCGAGCAGCAAGACGAGCGAGGGCCGCAGCGGUGUGUGGAGAUGUCAGAAGAGCUGCUGCGACGCUAUUGAGAGAUCUCUGGUUUGCUCUGGGUGAGCACAAGCGCGCCUUCAUCCCGUGUCUGGUCGGUCCGUUCCUCGAGGUCAGCUUCCUUGGUGACGAAGAGGUGCGGAUUACUACCAUCCCCCUGUUCUUUGAUAUGAUGCAGACAGAGUACAACCAUAGUGUCAGCACUGGGGAUAGCUCGGAAAGCCCUCUAAAAGACUUAGAAAGCGAGCUAAUAGAUAAAAUCGACGUGCUAGUGGAGCGCGGCAGCGGCGACGUGGCGUGGCGCGCGCGGUUCGUGUCGCUGUGCGGCGCGCUGUGCAAGGCGGCCGCGGGCGGCUUACGUGCUGCCGCCGCUGCACUGGUCGCGGCGGCGGCGCGGCAACUUGACACGCUCCUGCAGUACAGAGCGGCGGCUCUUAAAUCAGCGAUAUCACAUAGAAUGCUUCUCACAACCAAAGUACUACAUUUCUACGAACAAAUCGAGAGGCCACAUAUGUAUAUACGCUACGUGCACAAACUUUGCGACAUGCACCGGUCAUGUCACCAAUGGGCGGAAGCGGGUCUGACACUAAGGUUACAUGCCAGACUAUUAUCAUGGUUGCCUGCUCCCAUUGACCAACCGACACAGCCACAAACUACAAGCGAAAGAGAUCUUAAGGAAAUGUUGUACCACGAAGUGGCAGAUCUGCUCGAUCAGGGCCACCAGUGGGAGGUCGCUGUGGAGGUUAUUAAGGAGCUGGUUGAAGUGUACGAAGCGGAGGCACUGGGCUACGCACCAUUAGCGGACCUGCACUCACGCUUGGCCGCUUUCUACACAGCGAUGAUGCGAACAGUUCGCUCACACCCGGGGUACUUCCGGGUAGUAUACUUUGGCAAAGGCUUCCCGGACCAUCUCAGGGUUCCACAUGGCUUCGUAUACCGCGGCAACGAGUACGAGCAGCUCGGGGACUUCAAGGAGCGCCUCCUGGACGAGUGGCCCGACGCCGAAGUUCUGCCAAAAUUGGACCCGCCGGGGGAGGAGAUCACUGAGGCUGAGGGGCAGUAUUUACAAAUAAACGCCGUGGAGCCAGUAAUGGGCGACAAACUAAAGCGGUUAUCCGGCAAACCGAUAUCGGGCCAGAUCCUACAGUACUACAAACAUAAUCACGUCAACAAGUUCAUAUUCUCAAGACCAUUCCACAGACCGGAGGAGCAACUGGAGGGAUCUAAAGACGAUCUUUCUGUCAACGAGUUCGCUACGAGGUGGCUUGAGCGGACGGAGUUGGAAAUCAGUGAUAUGCUGCCUGGAAUCCUAAGAUGGUUCCCAGUAGUAAAGCAGCGAACAUUCUGGGUGUCACCAGUCGAGGCUGCAGUGGAGGCGUUAAGAGACGCGAAUCGAGCCUUAAAACAAUUGAUACUAGAAGCGCGAGCCAGUGAUGCCCCGCUGCAACCACUCACCAUGCGACUUAGCGGAAUAUUAGACCCAGCGGUACAAGGCGGCAUAGUAAACUACGAGCGCGCCUUCCUCACGCCGGCGUACGCGGAGAAGCAUCCCGACCACGCGCCGCUCCUCGCACAACUCAGGGACCUCAUCGCUGACCAGAUACCGCUGCUACAGUUUGGUCUGGAUGUCCACGGGGCGAGGAUGCCGACAGCCCUAGAGGGGCUGCAUGCACACAUGCUACAGUGUUUCCGGAGGAUACAGAACCAUGUGCACCAACGAUAUGGCCGCAAGGCGUGCGACUUCGAAUCGGAGGCGGCCGAGGUGCAGCUGCGCAUGCCGCCGCGAGACCGCGCCUACACCGACACGCACACCGACGCGCACACCGACACGCACACCGGCAACCGCGUCUCCGACAUAUCCACCGGGACAUCCACAGAUUCCGCGUCGAAAUCGAAGUUCUUCAGUUUCAACGCGGCCAUAAACCCGCUGGCCAGAAACAGCGCGGCCAGCAACUACUUUGGGACUCUCAACAGCUCACCCAAGAAAAAGGAGAGGAGACGAGCGCGGAAGAGUGAAAUCGGCACCCAAGCGAGCGGCAGCCAGUGGUACACCAGCCCUGUUGCUAAUGGGACCAGCAACCACACAAACACCAGUCACGCCAGCAACACCAGCCUCGCCUCACAAUCGGACUCGCCUCUACGCGAGCUGAGGCAAGAGAACUUUCAGUCCCAGAUGGCUGCCCGAAUUCAAAACGCUCUGGUGACGGAGCGGCCGCUGCGAGCCGAGGUGGAACAGCGGCGGAUGUCGCAGCGAGCGAGCUUGGUGUCCGCGCCGCCUUCCAAUAGGAACUCUAUGGGUACAACGGACUCAAACCAAGAAGAUGAAGAGCCGCCUCCGCUCCCAGAAAAGUCCGCCAACCGGAGCACCCUCGACAGCGACCACAACAACAACCCCGAGCCUCUACCGCCGCGCAACAACUACGACACUGUAUUGACACCUCGGGGCUCCUUCCUCUACAACUCGAUGAUGCGGAGGACGAGCACCGGCAUAUCAGCCGGACAAACACCUCCAACCCCCCCGCCCAAGAAGAAACAUCAACAACAUCACUCCUGACUUACUAGCAAAGCCAUAUUGCUGCGAAAUGUGUAACUGAUUCCGUAAGUUUCUUGUAAACUCCAUGAUGCGAAGGACGAGCACUGGCAUAUCAGCCGGGCAAACACCUCCAACGCCACCACCCAAGAAGAAACAUCAACAACAUCACUCCUGACUUACUAGCAAAGCCAUAUUGCUGCGAAAUGUGCAACUGAUUCCGUAAGUUUCUUGUAAACUCCAUGAUGCGAAGGACGAGCACCGGCAUAUCAGCCGGACAAACACCUCCAACGCCAUCACCCAAGAAGAAACAUCAACAACAUCACUCCUGACUUACUAGCAAAGCCAUAUUGCUGCGAAAUGUGUAACUGAUUCCGUAAGUUGCUUGUAAACUCCAUGAUGCGAAGGACGAGCACUGGCAUAUCAGCCGGGCAAACACCUCCAACGCCACCACCCAAGAAGAAACAUCAACAACAUCACUCCUGACUUACUAGCAAAGCCAUAUUGCUGCGAAAUGUGUAACUGAUUCCGUAAGUUGCUUGUAAACUCCAUGAUGCGAACGGACGAGCGCCGGCCAUAGACCUAGCAUUACAUAGAUGUGCUAUACGCGUGCGCCCCUCAGGAACAGAAAGUAUACAAUGCGACAAAAUUAAAAACACGUUUCAACAUUUCUGACAACAUACCAAAAACAACCUACGUAACUUGGUCGGGUUCAUUGUUACCCAUAGACAUAGUAUAUACAAGUAGUUAUAGACAUGAAACCAAGCGACCAGGGGUAAGAGAAAAACAGUUCCAUGUAUGGCAGCAUAAUCCUUUUUCUCUUUCACUCUUAUAAAUUUCUGUAUUUCGCCAUCGCCUCCUUGCUAUGAUGCUAUAACCCGACCAGGAAAAAAAUGCCCGGUUGGUGAUAAAGACAAAGCAUGCCACUAGCUGUUUUCUCUAUCUAUAGGAAUCGCAAUAAGACUAUCUUUCUCUAUCAAAGAGUGUAAGGCCCUUGUUACUCACCAUAAAAACGGUUGGCAACAAAAAAACAUCUACGUCACUUAGGACUAUUUAGAAGUAGGCAGAAAGGAAAAGUGAGACUAUAACAAGGACAAACAAUAAUAGCGCUAUCUCUGCUACUCCUAUAGAAAGUUCGGUGAAAUGGGGGAGGGGCCAUUUCCUCUCUAUAUUAUUGUACCUCUAUGGCGCCGGCAUACCAGGCAUAACAACAUAACUCCUGAUUUAGUAGGCUUAGUGGAAAAACCAUACUGUUGCGAAAUAUGUAACUGAUGGGGUUUUUUACUAUUUUAAGAUGCGACGGACCAACGCGCCCAGGUCAAGGCUCAAGAAGAAACAUCAGCAACAUAAAUCCAGCCGGGCUAGCACAUGAUUGGCGCGAGAGUAUAUCGCCGCAACAUAGACUACCCGUCCCUCUUUAAUUCACACAGUUAGUAAAAGACGGGUAGUGGUCGCGGCGAGAUACUGCCGCGCCAAUCAUGUGCUCGGCCUACUGAGUUAGUAGCAAAGCCAUAUUGUUGUGAAAUGUGUAACUGAUGCCGCGGGUUUCUUUCUUGUACAGUCAAGGGCAUAAACACACAUUCCCAAAGUUUCAAAAAUAUGUGUACGCGCUUACACCUUAGACAAUAAAGUCGUGUUCACAUAUUUUUGAGCCAUUUGUCCGGAUCGAUAUUUUUGCCUUCGACUACAGUCUUCGUACAGUCAAGGUAUUAAAUAUCUACACAAACAAAGUGCCAAAAAUAUGUUGAUACUACCUUAAUGUAUAGGAAAUAAGGUCGUGAACACUUUGUCCGUGUCAAUAUUUUAUUUAAUAUCUUGAUUGCAUUCUUGCGUAUGUAAUAAAACCAUACUGUUGCGAAAUGUGCUAUUUUGCUGACGUUCGUGACAAAAGUUCACUUUAUCAUCUAACAUAGAGCAAAACUCAGGAUUGUAUUUUUAAUUAUGCAAUCUUACAAUAUUUUGUAGCGACCGCAUUUCAGUUUCUCUUUAAUAUGUGAUUUUUCUCAAUUAAGACAAUGGCGUUGAUUAUAACAUUACCUAUUUAUAAUCCAAUUACAAUGAUUUUUCCUAAGCAGAUCAGUGAAGGUCGACCUAACAUAGGAUCUUAGACCAUGUGACGUCACAGAUGAGGUAGCACUAUGGCAAACUGUUUUGCCUAAAAACUGUUGCCUGAUAGUCUUUUACUAUCAUUAUAAAACGCUUUCAUUUUUUUGAAAAGAAAGAUUAAGUAAAUUGAAUAAGGGACAUUUAAAAAUGGGCAUUAAAAUUAAAAUGAUGAUUCGACAAGCGUAUUAAUAUUUUAAAAGUUGUGUUAAUUUAGUAAGCUACGUUACCACGACGAAAGAAAAACCUCUUGAUUAAUUACAAACAGUAAAUACUCAAUGUAGACAAAAGGAUUAUAAUGUUGAGGUAAUUGCGUCCACGGGGCAGUUGCGCUUUCUUUAGAAAUACUAGUAGAUAGGUUUAGAUGCGAGUACAUCUCGUACGCAUUUUCCCUAUCAGGACACACAGACACCGCAUUAUGAAGCGUUUACAAAGAGCACGAGAUCACCACACAUACUACGUUGCUCAUCGAGAAUAGUGGCAUAACUCAAAUUAAAACGCACUUAAUUCUAUUACGACAGAUUAGUCAGGAUUCAAUUAAAAUGUUAAAAACCACACUGCCCGGCAAAAAUCACAACGUUAGUGAAGUGAAGACGAUUCCCCGUCUGUAUACUUUUUAUGGGUGCAUUUUAAACGUAAAAUGGAGAAUUUAUAUGGUUUUUACUGGUAAGAUUUGAAAUCGAAUGGCGUUCCUUUUUUUGUGUCACUGUUAUUGAUAAGCAGAGGUGCAACUUUGCUUGUAUAAUGCUACGAAUUCGAGCAGCACAACCGAGUUGUGUUCUACACCAUUUUAUACUAGAA